CUCUUAAGAAAAAUGUUCGGUUUAAGACUCGCUGAUCUCCUCUCUGAUCACAACAAUCUCCAUCUCAUCACGUUCAUACCUGCCUGCUACAAUCAAUUCCAUUUCCUUCUAGCCUAGCUACUGCUUCAGAUCAUCCACCGCACCCAUGGCUGAGCCAAAGGUUACAACAAUGGUGAUAAAGGUGGAUCUUCAAUGCGAAAAGUGUUACAAGAAGAUCAAGAGAGUGCUCUGUAAAUUCCCUCAAAUUCGAGACCAGGUAUACGAUGAGAAGCAGAACACAGUGACAAUCAAGGUGGUUUGUUGUAGCCCUGAGAAGAUCAAGCAGAAGAUAUGCUGCAAAGGAGGUGAAUCUGUCAAAGGCAUUGAGAUUAUAGUACCCAAGAAGAAGAAGGAACCUGAAAAGCUCACACCACCACCACCACCACCGGCGGCAGCAGAGAAGCCCAAGGAACCUGAAAAGCCCAAACCAGCACCACCACCGGUGGAGGCAGAGAAGCCCAAGGAGCCUGAGAAGAAACCAGAGAAGCCCAAGGAACCUGAAAAACCCAAAGAACCUGAAAAGAAACCAGAGAAGCCCAAGGAGGCCGAAAAACCCAAAGAGCCUGCGAAGCCGAAAGAACCUGAGAAACCCAAAGAGCCUGAAAAGCCCAAACAACCAGAGAAAUCCAAAGAGCCUGAAAAGCCCAAACAACCGGAGAAACCCAAAGCGCCCGAGAAGCCUGAACCAGCUCCGAAGCCGCCUGCACCUGCGCCGACGGUACCUGACGCGGUAUCACAGCCAGGUCCGGGUUACCCACCACCGAUAACGGCUUUCCCAAUUGGUGUGUGUUGUAUGGAGUGUUACGAAGGACGAGGUGGUGGGCCGUGCUACGACGGAUAUGGAUAUCCACCACCACCGCGGUUUUAUGAUGGGUAUUGUGGAAGACCAGUUUAUGAUAGCUGGGGUGGAGGUGGAUGUAAAGAUGGCUAUUACGUCAGCAGAUGUGUUAAUUACUUGAGUGAAGAAAAUCCUUCUGCCUGCUCAAUCAUGUAGACACAUCCCGUCUUUAUUUUUUUUGGGGUUAUGGUAUUGUUAUUAAGGCUGGUAGAUUCAUAAAUAAGAUUGCAUGAUUAUAUUAUAGGGUUGGAAGAUUGGCUUAA